UGUCACAAUUAAUAAUUGGAAAUAAAUUAUAGUAAUAACAAAAAUGGCACUUAAUAAGCAAGAUUAUAAUAUAAAUGAGGAAAAAGAUUUGCAAGUGAGUCAAUGGUACGGAAUAAGAGAAGCUACAUUGUUUCUCGUUGACACUACACAAAAGAUGUUCGAAAUAGAGUCAGAAGCCAAGUUCAGUCAUAUUGAAAAGUUUUUCAAACUGUACAAACAAAUUCUUCGGCAAAAACUAGCAUGGAACAUGCAAGAUUGGAUGGGUGUGAUAUUAUUUGGUACUGAAGAAAGUGAUGCAAAUUUAUUAUGGAAAAAUAUUCAAACUUUACACGAACUUGGAGUUGUCACUUUGGAUGACUUACAACAAAUUAGAAAGUUAACUAAAAAUGGUAUAAAAGAUUAUCAAAGUAUGAAAUCUGAGAAUGCUUAUCCACUUCACGAUGCAUUGACAUAUACUAUAGAUAUCUUCUUGAAGAUAAAAACAGUCUUCACCAAACGUAGGGUAGUCUUGAUUACUUGUCAUACACCUAAACUUACGGACAAUGAAAGACAUCGCAUUAGAUUGAAGGCGGCAUCUUUAAAGGAUUUGGAUAUCAAACUGCAUGUAAUCGGUUUAGGAAAAAAUUGGAUGCAUAAUCAGUUCUACAAAGAUUUAGAGAUGCUAUCAAGGAAAGAUAUAGAUAUUUACAAAACGACAUCAUUAGUAGACUUAGUGCAGCAAAUUAAAGCACCAUCCAAGAAUAUUGCGCGCUUAUGCUUCAAGAUAUGUGAAUUAGAGAUUGAUAUGAUUGUGCGUACUCUGGGCAGGAAACGUAGAUGCUUGCAAACAAAACCAUUAAGCAAAGCGACCAAUCAAGUUUUAUCAAGAUCCAAGUAUUUCAAGAGUGAAGAUUUUAAUAACGAGGAGAAUAGUGAUAACGAGGAAUUUGAUUUACCUUAUAUAAUACCAGAAAAAGUUAACUGGGAAACUAAAGAGCUAAUUGGUCACCAAAAGUUACGUUUCACGCAAGAAGAGCUCUUUCGGAUAAAAAAUAUACAUCCACCAGCCAUCAAGGUAAUUGGUAUCAAAUCUAUACCUGGUGAUCUCUUCAGGUACCACAUUAAACGGAAAUAUUUUGUCAGAAUUGACUAUGACAGUACUCGUAAAGACAAUUUGUUGUUCUUUGGCGCUUUAUUAAAUAAAUGUGUAAUUGAAGGAAAAAUGAUAGUAUGCGCAUUUACAAUGAGGGCGAAUACGCAAACUAAUCUCUGCUACAUGAUUCCAAAUUCUGAGCUGGGUGGUUUUUAUCUAUCAAAAAUCGCAUAUCAAGGAAACGUAGGAGACAAAAGCGAAGUCUUACAACAUUAUGAUACGCAAAGUUUUGUAACUGAUGAAGAAGUCGAGCUAUGGAAGAAGAUAAUCAAUCGGCUUGACAUGAACUUCCAUCCAUAUAUGUUCAGAUCUUAUAAAUUGGAGUGUCAAGUACAAAUAGUGGAGAAGUUAGCUUUGGACAAGGAACCCGGCCCUCCCCCAAUUGAUUCCAUUGAGCAAUCAUUUAUGAAGACAUACAAAAAAACAAUUGACUUAAUGCCUGAAUUUAAGAAUAUAUUUUUCAAUAUGAGCCCAUCUGAUGGUCCAACAAGAGCAAAAAGAGCUAAAAAAACUAAGAAGGAAACGUAAUUAUUACAUACAGAAUGUAACAUAAUUAGUAAUGAAAAUAUUUUUGAUAAUGUAUAAAAAUUGCAUUUUGCUUUUCAAAUAUUACUUUAUGUAUAUAAUCAAGAAAUUUUUAAGAGACAGAUAAACCUUGCUUCUUAAGCACAUAAAGAAUAUCAUUGAUCUUAAAUAUAACCAUAUUUUAUAUAUAAUAAAAGUACAUUUAUAUCUG